AUGGACUCUCCAAUCCUUCACUUAUUAGCCCUUAUCCCCUUUAUCCUCUUCAUGUUUGUGGCACUAAAAAUUGGGAGGAAUCUCAAGAAAACAGAAUCAACUCCAAAUAUACCCCCGGGGCCAUGGAAGCUGCCUAUUAUAGGCAAUAUACACCAUCUUCUUACACCCACACCACAUAGAAAAUUAAGAAAUUUGGCCAAAAUAUAUGGACCCUUGAUGCAUCUACAACUUGGAGAGAUCUUCACAAUCGUUGUUUCCUCACCAGAGUAUGCUAGGGAGGUGAUGAAAACCCAUGAUGUCAUCUUUGCAUCAAGGCCUCAACUUAUAGCUACAAAAAUAUUGUCUUAUGAAUCAACAAAUAUUGCUUUUGCACCUUAUGGAAAUUAUUGGAGACAGCUACGAAAAAUAUGCACAAUGGAGCUUUUAACUCAAAAGCGUGUCAAUUCUUUCAAGCCAAUAAGAGAAGAACAGCUCACCAAUCUCAUCAAAAUUAUUGAUUCACAGAAAGGAUCUCCCAUCAACCUUACUCAAGCAGUAAUGUCAACAAUAUUUACUAUCAUUUCAAGGGCUGCUUUUGGCAAGAAAUCCAAAGUCCAAGAAGAAUUCGCAUUAGUGGCAAAAGAAGGAAUAGGAGUUGCAGGAGGUUUUGACAUAGGAGAAUUAUUUCCUUCUGCUAAAUGGCUUCAAUUUGUUACUGGUUUGAGACCUAAGCUUGAGAGGUUGCAUCGAAAAAUUGAUCAGAUACUGGAAAAGAUCAUCGUUGAACAUAAAGAGGAAAAGUCAAAACCCAAAGAAGGCCAAGGUGAAGUAGUGGAAGAUCUGGUAGAUGUUCUCCUAAAAUUUCAGGAUGGUAAUGGUAGCAACCAGGAUAUUUGCUUAACUAAUAACAAUAUCAAGGCUAUAAUCUUGGACAUCUUUGGUGCUGGAGGUGAGACAGCAUCAACUAUCAUAGAUUGGGCAAUGGCAGAGAUGGUAAGGGAUCCAAGAGUAAUGAAGAAAGCACAACAUGAAGUGAGAAAGGUAUUCGAUAUGAAAGGAAUGGUUGAUGAAAUUUGCAUCAAUGAACUCAAAUAUUUGAAAUCAGUUGUCAAAGAGACCCUGAGGCUACACCCUCCAGCUCCCCUUUUACUUCCACGAGAAUGUGGACAAGCAUGUGAGAUUCAUGGGUAUCAUAUACCGGUCAAAAGUAAGGUCAUUGUCAAUGCUUGGGCAAUUGGAAGAGAUGCAAACUACUGGGCUGAACCAGAGACAUUUUAUCCGGAGAGAUUCAUGGAUAGCUCUAUUGACUACAAAGGGAGUAAUUUUGAAUACAUUCCGUUUGGUGCUGGAAGAAGAAUAUGCCCAGGCAGCACAUUUGGUUUAAUAAAUGUUGAUAUGGCCCUUGCAUUCUUGUUGUAUCACUUUGAUUGGAAACUUCCCAAUGGAAUGAAAAGUGAGGACUUGGACAUGACUGAGCAAUUUGGUGUGACUGUUAGAAGAAAAGAUGACCUGCACUUGAUACCCAUUGCUUCUCGUCCACCCCUGGUAGUUUAUGGAUUCUGGUUCAUGCUAUAA